AGCCCGGCACCCGCCAUGUUUUCAGAGCAGGCGACCCCCACGGCACAGGGUUUGCUGGCCCCCCCCUCCGCCGAGGCCUCCACCUUCACCAGGGUGCCGGUUUCGGCAUACACCGACUGCUCCCAGCCCUUCCGGCUGGGCGAGCGCAGCUUCAGCCGCCAGUAUGCUCACAUCUAUGCCGCCCGCCUCAUCGAGAUGCGGCCCAUCCUGGAGGAGCGGGCGCGACAGAAGUGGGGGAACGGCGUGGCACUGAGGAAGCUCUGCGAGCUGCGGGCGGGUGAGAAGUGCUGCGUGGUGGGGACGCUCUUCAAGGCAAUGCAGCUGCAGCCCUCCAUCCUGCAGGAGAUCAGCGAGGAGCACAACCUGGUGCCUCAGCCACCCCUGCCCAAGUACAUCCACCCCUCCGACGAGCUGAUCCUGGAGGAUGAGCUGCAGCGGAUCAAGCUGGAAGGAGCAGUCGAGGUGCAGAGGCUGGUGACAGGGACCAUCUUUGCCGUGUACGGCUCCGAGCAGGACGACGGCAAGUUCCUGGUGGAGGAUCACUGCUUUGCCGACCUGCCCCGGCCACUGCCCUGGAAUGGCCCCAGCUCAGACCGGUUUGUCCUGCUGGUGUCGGGGCUGGGGCUGGGCAGCGGGAGCGGCGAGUCCCUGCUGAGCACGCAGCUGCUGGUGGACGUGGUGACGGGGCAGCUGGGCGCCGAGGGCGAGCAGAGCUGCGCUGCGCAGAUCUCCCGCGUCAUUCUGGCGGGGAACCUGCUGAGCCAGAACACGCAGAGCCGGGACACUAUCAACAAGGCCAAAUACUUGACCAAGAAGACCCAGGCUGCAAGUGUGGAGGCUGUGAAGAUGCUGGAUGAGAUCCUGCUGCAGCUUUGCACCUCCGUGCCCGUGGACGUGAUGCCCGGUGAGUUUGACCCCACCAACUAUACACUGCCCCAGCAGCCGCUGCAUCACUGCAUGCUGCCCCUCGCCAGCGCCUACUCCACGCUCCAGCUGGUCACCAACCCCUACCAGGCUGAUGUGGACGGCAUCAGGUUUUUGGGGACGUCAGGGCAGAACGUCAGUGAUAUCUUCAAAUACAGCAGCAUGGACGAUUACCUGGAGAUCCUGGAGUGGACGCUGCUGGCAGGACACAUCAGCCCCACAGCCCCGGACACCCUGGGCUGCUACCCCUUUUACAAAUCGGACCCUUUCAUCCUCACCGACUGCCCUCAUGUCUACUUCUGUGGCAAUGCUCCCCGCUUCCAGUCCAAGCUGCUCAAAGGGGAGGACGGACAGCAGGUCCUGCUGGUGACGGUGCCCGCCUUCAGCACCACGCAGACCGCCUGCCUCGUCAACCUGCGCGACCUCAGCUGCCAGCCCAUCAGCUUCUCCGGCUUCGGGACUGAGGAUGAUGAUGGGGACAUGGAGGUUGGGCACUGACUGAGCAGGCAGGGCACGGACUUGAUAAACCCCUGGCCCCUCAGAGGGUCCUGGCACCCAUCGCCUUUGUGUCAUUCCCAUUUGUCCUCCCAGGAGGGCUGGUGUGGAACUGCUGGGGCGUGGGAGAGAAGAGAUGCUCGUACCAAUAUAA